AUGCAACAACAACAAUCGCCCCGAACGCUUGUUGUUACCUCAUCAAAAUCAUCAUCAAAUUCUCCUCCUACCAAUAAUAAUACUUCUUAUUCUAAUAAUAAUAAUAAUCAGUAUGAUCAUCAACAAGAAGAAGAAGAAGAACAAUAUGGCACAGUGAUGGCGGAUAAUAAUAAUAAUAUGAAUUUAACGAGUGUUACUGCCAUUCUUGAUGAUGAUAAACAAUCUUCAUCAUCAUUAAUUAAUAACAAUAAUACAAGUACUCAUAAUACAACAACAACACAUUCGACGACAAUUACUAAUAGAAGAAGAGGACAAUCAACACAUUCUCCCUCCAAUUUGUUAAUUCCUCUGCUGGGAUCUUCUGAGCAUCAACAACAACAACAACAACAACAAUCAACUCAUGCAGUUGUUGGAGUAUCUUCACCUUCUUCAGAUAGAAGAAGAAGUGUGAGUGAUGGAAUUUUGUCUUCCUACGCUUCUAAUUAUCAACCACUUUCAAACUCUUCUAAUCAUUCAAAUAAUUUACCACCACAUUCCGUUUUACCUUCUUCUAAUUUAAAUAUAAUUAAUCAACAACAACAACAACCUUCAUCUUCAACCUCUCCUCAGAAUAAUAACAUUGGCAAUACAACAACAACUGCUGCUGGUGCUGCUACUUUAACAGAUGAUUUGGAAAAUAACAAAUCAAACGAUGAAUGGCUAGUGGUUCCGAUAUUAAUUGUUAGUUCUCUUCCAAAGGAGGUUGAUCAAAUAUUGAGGUAUUAUACCACUGGAAAACAAUUGAAGAAGCAAUCACCUCCUUGUUGUGCCAAUGAAAAACAUUCUCAUCAGCAGAAGGACGAGCCAAAAAAGGAACUUUCGGAUACCAAUAUCAUGAAUAUUAUCAUCACAGGAGAUAAUUCAUUGGAUGAAAUGAGUCCAAUGAAUGAUAGUAGCAGUGGUGGAGCCAGUAAUCAUAAGAAGGAAUCAGAGAAUAUUGAAUCCGAUGAUGAUGAAAAUGUAAUUCACAAAGAACAUGGCCCAAAUCAUCAACGACCAAAACAUCAUAGAAGUUCUAAUAGUGGUGGUGCUAGCAAACAUCAUCAUCAUAAAUCGAGUAGUGGAAGUUUGAGCGUUUCCUUCCAGGUUCCUAAUGGCUCAGAAUCUUCAAGAAGAAAAGCAAGUACUGAAGAUUCCUCUCAAGGAAAUAUUCAAAAUAUUCAAGAACAUAUUCAUCAACAGUUGGUUCUUCAUGAGAAUCAGGAAGUGAAAAUAUCUGUAGCAGCACCUCCUCCAUCUGGUAACAAUACUCACAAACAAUCAACAACAAAUAUAUUGAGUAGUAGUGCCAAGAAGAGCUCAUCAUCAUCUUCGAAUCUUAAAAGUACGGAAAAAAGUCCACACAAGCUCAAUUACUAUUUGAGAAAGAAUAAGAGAGUCACUGAGUGGUAUAUCGAAGAAGUUUGUUCGUUGGAUUAUUUAAAUCAUGUUGAUGAGUUUUUGGAAAAGAAUGAAGUAAAUCAAAUUUCGAGUUUAGCCAAUGAUUUACUCAAUACAGGUAUUAAUUUGGAAGAUUUAAUAUCAAUUGAUGAGGAGGAGUUUUUCGAGUCAGUUCUUGAGAAACAAAACCGCACGUCAACCAAUGAAAGGAGAAAGAUAAUGUUCAGAGUUUGUCACACUGGCUCUAGACAUGCACUUUCAUUGAGACAGGCCUUGUACAAACAAAUGAUUUUGGAGGAAACCACAGAGGGCAAUCAAACCAUUGCUCCAACAACUGUAAUUUUUGCCUAUAGUUACACCAAUUCCAAUUAUUCAUUGGAAAAUACUGCCAUGACUUGGAUGAAGGAAAUUAAUCAAAUUUAUCCAGACUUUUUGUCACAGGGUAAUUUCCUUCUUGCUGGUCAUAUUGAAUUGAACAAAUCUACAAAGCAACAAGUUGCUCUUCUCAGAAGAGGUGUUGAGGAUUCUAGUGCCAACGUUGGUCUUGUUCAAAAACCAAAACAUUACUAUCAUUUCCACCAAAAAGCUGUACCAUUAUUCCAAAUGAAGAAGAAUCAACGAUUGACCAUUGUAGAGUUCGAUACACGUCUGGGAACAAAUAUUCCACAACUAUUUUUUGAAUCCUAUCGUCUCUAUUGCUUGAAUUAUUACAGAAAAAAGUUGAGUCAAGCAUUGAAACCAAAACAAGUAGUAAUACCACCAAUUCCAACAGUGUUAUCUGGAUCAGUAUCACCAGGUCACGAACCAUCAGAGCCACAAGUUACUUCUCCAACCCUGAACAACAUGCCAUCACAAACCACCGAUGCAAAACAAUCUGAAGAAGCCAAGAAGAAGAAGGAAACACAAAUUGAUCCAAAUGAACCUAUUCCACCAGUCAAUGAGGAAGAAGAACAAACCCUUCCAAAAACAGCAUCUCCUAGUGGUGCCAGUCUUUCCUCUCAUAAACCUGAGAGCAAACCUGAAACUAAAUCUGAGAAAACAGCUCUUCCACUUGGAAUUUUAAAGAUUUUCAAGAAAUCAAAGAAGGAAGAAAGUUUACCAAGCUCUAAAAAACCACCUGUUGAAAAGAUUCUCAAAAAUCUUAAAAAGAAAAAGAAGAAGGAAGACGAAAUUUUCAGAUGGCACAAAAUUGCUGAUAAUCUCAUCAUGUCAGAGAAACCAAAAAAGAAAAACAAGAAGGAUAAGCAAGUUGGAGUUAAGGAUACAAUCAGUGCAACAGAUGACAAUAGAGAUGUAAUGUCAGAUACCUAUUUCCAUAAUAGAAAGAAUAUGCCACUUUUCCCUUAUAGCUUACAUUUAAUGGAUCAAAGUGACACCUUUUCACCUCAAUUCGAGAGAAAUAAUAGUAACAUUCUUUCCAAGCCAAUUGAAGAUGAUGAAAACCCUUACCUUGAAGAUCCAACAGAGAAUGACUUGAUGGGUGAGGCCUCAGAAUCAUCAUCAGUGCCAGACACUUUUGAACACAAUUUUACAGCUGUGACUAACACCAAUUCAUCAUAUCCAGGCGAGGUUAUUGCAAGUGAUAAUGAGGAAGCUGACUUGGACACUGAGAAUGAUAUAGGAUCAGAGGUGGAUGAUUUUACAUUCCAAAGUAGUAUUGGCUCAGCAACACCACAAGUUCUCAAUGCCACUAUUUUUGAAAAGCACAACAAUUUGAGUGUUCUCGAUAGAAAUUCAAAGGAUGCUUGUUGGGAGGAAUUGGAUCAAGGUGAAGAUAUGAUUUCAGUUGGAGAUAUUUCUUAAUUAAAGGAUUUGUUCAAUUUG